GUGCAAAUGGGCAAAUAAAAUUUCGGAUCACCGGAAAAGGAGCCAUGUCAAGAGGGAACACAGGCUUCAACAUUCCGAGCGGUGGGUCGGUGGGUGGCACCAAAGUCGGUCGAGAAGUCGGAGUUACUCGAAAUCUAUGAGUCGUCGACAUCGUCGAAAUAUGGAUGGAUGUAGUUUCAGGCCGCAUUUGACAGUUCGUCCUGCUGCUGCUGCUGAGGCAGGGUCUUUCUUUCGGUGAGGUUCUUACGAACGGGACUGUAUUUGCGCCACGGCGACGCGGAGGAUUUGAGGACUCGUGUCGCGAGAAGUGGUCGAGGGCCCAGUCUUGGGUCGUCGCUGUGAGCGCUAGCAUCGCCUGCGAUCGAAUCGAAUGCGAGCAUCGACAGACAUUGGCGAGAAAGACCUAAGAUUGUGGAGAAGCUGUGGGGUUGCGAUGAGGUGAACUGAGGAGAGCUGAAUUUCGUGUGCCUCUUUUGCGAUGAAGAGUUCGUCUAGGCAUCGAAGUUCGGAGCGUCACGGCGAAGACGAUGAGGAGAAGGUGUCGAGAGGCAGGAGAAGACGCCGGUCUCGGAGUCCUGUGUCAAGUGAUUCUCCCUUCGAUUCUUCGAAUUCGGAGAGUAGUGAUGAGGCUAGUGAUGAGGAGUAUCGCAGGAAGAGAUUAAAGCGGAGCCAUAAGAGUCAGGACGGGAGGAAAAAGAAGCGGAGUCAUCGUCGGAAGCGUCACUCCAGCGAUAGCAGUGAAGACGAGGAGAGCGAUAGCGAUUCCGACAGUAAAAGAAGGAGAAGGAAGAGUAGCAGGAAGCAUAGGAGUAGACACGACGAAAAACGUUCGAGCAAAAUCAAGGAAAAGGGAAGAGAAGAGAAACGGAAGAGGAAGAAAGGCAAGAGUGAGGAAUUGGAUUUGAAGGAAAAGGAGGAGCCGAAGGUGAAAGAAAAGAUGAGUGCGUUUCUUAUAGAGAAGGACAGGUCGGAAGAUGAGGACACAGAAGAUGUAGAGAGGAGGAAGAGUAAGUCGAAGCACAAGCACAGGAAGAAGCAGAGGGAGAUGUCUCUGUCUUCCGAGAGUGAUGGUUCGCCCGUUCACUCAGAAGCAGAAUCCGAGGGUGAGUUCGAUAAGGACCAUGCCUUAGGUACGCCCGUAGAAAUUGAUGAAGAAGCAAUGAAAUUCAAGGAAAUGCUUGAGGCUCAAAAGAAGCCUGCCAUGGGGUUGGAGUGUGAGCCAAUGGUUGGACCUGCCCCUGCACCGAGAGCAGAGGGUCACAUUAGUUAUGGAGGAGCUUUAAGGCCUGGUGAGGGAGAUGCUAUGGCCCAGUACGUGCAGCAAGGGAAACGUAUCCCCAGGAGAGGAGAAGUGGGACUGUCUGCAGACGAGAUCUCGAAGUUUGAAGAUCUAGGUUACGUGAUGAGUGGUUCCCGGCAUCAGCGAAUGAACGCCAUCCGUAUCCGGAAAGAGAACCAAGUGUACAGUGCAGAAGAUAAACGUGCUCUAGCUAUGUUCAACUACGAGGAAAAAGCAAAGCGUGAACACAAAGUUAUGUCGGAUCUCCAGCGUCUGGUGCAGCGUCAUAUUGGUGCUGAUGUGGGCCCAACCCACGAUCCUUUCUCCACCACUAAAGCAAAUAAUGGGGAGGCUACGGAGGCAUGACAAGUAAAGACAACUCUGGAGGGUUGCAUUUUUUCCAGAGGAUAAGAUUGAACAAUGUGGAGCUCUAGCACGGACAGAUGGGAAAACUUUCAACUGAUUUGUCGCAACCUCAUAUGUUACUCGCGUGAAGAAUGGAAUAUGUACUUCAAGGAAAUACUAGUCAUGUGGAGCUGGUUGCGUAAGCAGGGUGAAGACGGGAAAGGAGCAUCUUGACAGAGUCUAUUUUGCUCCUUCAAAUACGCACUGCCCUGCCAACUCUAGCUGCGUGCACCAGAUAUUUGGCCCCUGUAUAUAAUAUUCACGUCGAGUCUCGAAGUGUUCUGCAUGGUGUUCUUGUGCUGAGUAAGCCCCUCGUGGACUGGCAGUAUUUCCGAUAAUUUGUACAUCCAGAGACAUACAGAGAGAUUUUAAUUGAGUGUACCAAUCUGUGGCUACUUUUCGCAUUUUAAUCCCGAGAAUGCCAGUAUCAGACUUUCUGUGACUUUCUCUGCCCGAUCCAAGUCAGACAGGCCCCUUUGAUAGUUACGAUACUCCGGUUUGACCCUUUGGGGCUCUUGUAUGACCAUUCAAUAUUUUUGGGAGGUUAUUUUGAGGUGUCUGUUAUCAUAAUCGUGUUCGUAGCCAUGAAUAUUGGAAUAUUCUACUUGACUUUCACAUCAUAUGGCGUUGAAAGGUUACAAAGUUUGAGGCGAUCAAGCAGAUCAAUGCUGGUUACAGUUGUGAAAGUUGAUGCUCAGUCUCGUCAGUCUAGUACAUAACUGUUUUUGCUUCUGAAGUAAAUCAGUUGAACAUUUUCCGCGUUUAUCAGGAUAGCCGAUUCGACUCAUGAUAUUCCUUGUACGCAGUUGAAUGCUUUUUUUGUGUGAAUAAACAGGUGGGCUCCUGCGUAAUUUAA